AUGACACACGAUGCUGACGAAUACAACAAAAUUGAUAUACGUUUAGAGGAUGACGAGGGCGAACACCUUAAACGAUUUUUCGAAAAAGGGCUUAAUGCACUCUUAGUCGACCCCUACUUUUUACUACUUUAUGUGCCUGAGAAUGGAGGCAAGAUGCAAAUUAUACGGCCUGUGAAUGACUCAUACCAUCGAAAGCGGAUGAUCAAAAGGAUCAAUGAAGCGAAGCGCAUACCAUCUUUUUAUUACGCAUUGUCGCACGUUUGGGGACUCACAGAAGACAACCGGUACUACUGGAACGAUAUCAGCGACUACGUGGAUGACGAAAACGGACAACCUGUAGAGCCUGUUUCGAUGCGAGAUGAGAAACGAGACACCUUAUUGACAAUGCUCAGAGAUCACCCUGGCAGCUAUUGGUGGAUCGAUGUCCUAUGUGCACGUACUGAUACACCACUUGAUAUCAUGGGAGACAUUUACGCUUGUUGCCUUGAAUGUAUCGUCAUGUUUGAUUGUGAGCCAAGCCUGAUACCGGAAAUUCUCAAAGCAAAAGCACAAGCGAACGCUCCUCAAUUACUUGAACUGCUUGACACAUUCUUAGAAUGUGGAUGGUGGCAACGUGUAUGGACCUGGCAGGAGAUGACACUACCUUUAGGAGAGGUGCGUUUUUUGUCAGAAUCGGAUACUCACGGCCUACAAAGCAACACGAUCACUCUGAAUGAAUUGCUAAGUGUUUGUGAGAUGGAUUCAACGUUCUGGGAAGAGUACGAACAAGAUGGAAUUUACAUUGCUGUAUUCGAAUUAGGUUUGUAUACAGUAAGCGACGCUAAGGAGUCCAACGCAUCCCGUAUCCACAGUUUCGACCCUGAUACAAUUGAACGCAUACUUUGGUCAUUGGUCUAUUCUUUGCGACAAUGUUAUGAUCCAUGUGAUUAUGUUUAUGGUGUGCUGGGAAUAUUGCAAAUCAAAAUCCCAAGGAUGGAGGAUCCCGAUGAAGUUUGGCGGCAUUUCUUGUUAGGGCUAGAUGAUUUAUGGCCGCUUGACUGUGGAAGAUGGAUUGACCGUGAAAAUGAAAUCAAUUUACGACAAGUUGAAGGCAUUGGUGAAGUAUACUUAAAGUUGAUGAAUAUUUAUUAUGGUCGUUGCGAAUAA